AUCCUCACUACAAUGUCAGAACUGUAAUCAUUGUGCUUUACCCAAACAUUCCACACCAUUAUUUGGUGAAAACCCACAUGAAAUAGUACACAGUGUGUCUCUUUGACAUGGACCAUGGAUCCAUUCUACAUUUACAGCAUUUUGGAAGACACCCUUAACCAGAGCAACUUACAUUUAACUAAUUUUUUAUACAACUGAGCAGUUGAAGGGUAAGGGCCUUGCUCAGUAGCCCAGCAAUGGCAUCUUGGCAUGAUUUGAACUGACAACCUUCUGAUCAAUAGUCCAACAUCUUGGCCUCUGAGCUACGCUUGUGAUAACACUUGAGCUAAAUAUUUACAAAAUAGAUUUUAAAAAAUUGGUUAAGCUUACUGAAGGUGUUCAACUAUAUUAAAAAUUUCUUAAUAAUUAGCACAGGUAAGUCUGCAUAGCUUUUUCAAGUGUUACAUGAAUUUUCUAGGACAAAAUGUUGUUUUAAGAUAAACAAAACAAGCUGGUCUCCAGUAAUGUGUCUAGUAUGAUUUUAACUGUGGUAAAUAUUUGACUGCCUGAACUGCUGUAAUGAAUUCUCAUUAACAAGUUUUAGUGUUUCAUGUGAUAGUCACAUAGUUUACCGAGAGACCAAAGGUCCAUCUUUUCCUUUUUCUUAAAUCGUAUUCAUACCCGCUCAUGAUGGCAACCAGACAAGUCCUUUUUAUUUUGCUCUCUAUGCUUGGUUCUGCAUGUGCACUGUACAAGCAGUGGGUUCCAGACACCAACUUUGAAAAUGCAACAAACUGGGACAAAGGUUCUGUGCCCUGUGGAAGUGACCAAGUGGUAUUUCCAGCCUCUAGUAAAGUAGCUGUGUAUGUGGAGGCAGCUCAUACACUUUCUGGAAUGCGUCUGCCUGUGGAUGGAGAGUUUAUUCUGGCCUCAGGAGCUGGUUUUUCUAUUAGAGAAGGUCAGGAUCCUAGCUGUGGAGCAAGUGGCACCACCAAUUUCAGAGACUCUGACUCUCUGAUGUGGUUUGAUCCAGCUCUGUGGAAGGCUGCUUCCUCAUUUGAUCAACUGCAGAGCGGGCCAUAUCUCUUCUUUGUCCAUGAAGAGACUAUACCUUGCCAGCAUGAUGAUGUAGUGUUCCGGGAUGGCUCAUCUUUCCGAGUGGAUGUAUCAACACAUGAGAACAGCAUUCCUGUGAAGAGUGUUUCGGUGCUGGGGAAGAAAUUCAGUGAUGCCUCUGACUUCUCACAGUACACCAGUUCUCAUCUGGGGAAGCUGCAGUUUCAUGGAUCUUCAUCAGUCAGAGUUAGUGGACCAGCCUGCAAUGAUAUCACUGGAUGUGAGUGUGGAAAUUCUGGCAACCAUGACCGGAUCUGCUCAAAUGUCAAGUGUCCAGAGCUGGACUGCAAGAAACCCUUGUACCCAGUGGGACACUGCUGUGAUGUCUGCGGUGCCAUCAUGACUAUUCAUUUCUCUGACAACUUCAACAUUGAAUCCUACCGCCAGCGACUGCAGCACCUCUUCCUCAGCUUGUCUAAGUAUAAAUCCAUUCAGAUGGCUUUGUCAAAAGUCUCAAAAACUCAGAGACUGAUGCAAGUCAUUCCUUAUGGAAUCACCCAAGAGAUCCAGGUGGUUCUCCUGGAUGAAAAUACUGGAAAGCUGGCUGAGGCCCUUGCUCAGGAUAUACUAAGAGACAUUGAUGCACAAGGUUCUCAUCUGGGCAUAGAAAGUGCUGAGUUUCAUGCGUCGUCAGGUGCAAGUAGUGGUGGUGUAUCUGGAAUGAGUGGAGGAGAGGUGGCUGGGGUUAUUCUGGGUAUUCUGGCUUUGGUGGCUUUCCUGGCUCUGUUUAUAGUUCUCCACCGUCGGGGCAUGCUCAGAGUGCCAAAUUUACCCCCGCUGAGUGGCUGGUGGAAAGAUAGUGAGAUUGGGGAUCUGGGUGGGCCUCUAGACCAUGGUUUUGACAACCCCAUGUUUGAGAAGCAAAACACUUUUCCAGAGAUCCCUGGGCUGUAUGGAACAGAGAGUCUGAACGGUAUCACCUUAACACAUUCAGGUGUGCACUUUGUGAAUCCUGUGUAUGAUGAAACUGACUUUGAUACAUGAUGCUGAUUAAAUAGUGAUGACAUUAUGGUCCCUUCUCAAAUAUUUAAUUAAAGAUUUAAUUGAUACAUGCUUCACUUCAGUUGCUGAAAUGCAAAAUGUAAAGCGUUUCAGAAAAUUGCAUAAUUAAUAACACUGUAGUGAUUAGAACAUGUAGUUGGCUCAUUGUUUGUCUCAGUAAUGUUUUAGCAAGAAAAAUGUGAGAUUUAUUAGGAUUGUGAUGAAUUACAUCAAAUAAAGUUUAAAAUAAGUACA